UUGAUAUGGGGGCUUAUGAUACUGCCUGCAAUGGCCACUCAGCAGAGCAUAGCAAUUUUUUUCAAGAGAAAAAAUGAGGAUGCUCCUCUGAGGGAGAGCAACAAGAAGCCGCACGUGGACUCGACUCCCGAGAAAAAGACAGCGCCCGUUUCCCCGAGCGCGAGCAAGGGCAUGUCGCCGGGCUCUCCGGCGGCGCUGCGCUCAGAGCUGCUGAAGCUCUGUGCUGUUCACAAGGUCCUGCACCCGUCCAUGGCACUCGGAUGGUACAAGGCGCUGAAAACAGAGUUCGAUAAGCCCUACUUCAAAAAGCUGAGCGAGUUCGUCACAGCGCAGCGGCGGCAGCACACGGUGUUCCCGCGCGCCGAGCACGUGUUCUCCUGGGCGGCCGGCGACGUGAACGACGUCAAGGUGGUGAUCCUCGGUCAGGACCCGUACCACGGACCGGGACAGGCUCACGGCCUGUGCUUCAGCGUGCAACGCGGCGUGGCGCCGCCGCCCAGCCUGGUCAACAUGUACAAGGAGCUGGAGUCAGACGUGGAGGGGUUCCGCCACCCGGGCCACGGCUGUCUGCUGGGCUGGGCGCGCCAGGGGGUGCUCCUGCUGAACGCCUGCCUCACGGUCCGCAGCGGACAGCCCAACUCGCACAAGGAUCAGGGCUGGGAGCAGUUCACCGACGCUGUAAUCAAGCACAUCAGCAGCAACCAGAAGCACGUCGUCUUCAUGCUGUGGGGGGCGUAUGCCCAGAAAAAGGGCUCGGUGGUUGACAAAAGCCGGCACCACGUGUUGACGUCCACCCAUCCGUCGCCUCUGUCCGCACACCGCGGCUUCCUCGGCUGCAAACACUUCUCAAAGUGCAACCAGCUGCUGAUUCAAAACAACCGGACGCCGAUAGACUGGAACGACCUUCCGCCAGAGUAAGGUCAGCACUCAUCCCUGUAUAGUCUGCUGUCAACAAAGUGGCAUUGUGAGUCGUGAGUGAAACGACAAGACUGACAUGGGCUGAAAUGGCACAUCACAUUUAGAUGUGUUCGACCGUCAUUGAUGCAUUCCUUCAUCCAUACGUUGCAUUGCUGAUCAAACGGCCAUAUUUUGUUACCAGGCUACCAGAAGCAUACCUUGCGGUACCCAUUUGCUUAUGCACGGAAUUGGAAGAUGAGUUUUCUUAGUAGCUGCCUUUUUGCCAGACCGUUUUGUAUGUUGUAUGGAUAUUGAGUAACAUACCUUUUUACCAAUGUCUUUGCGUUGACAACGUCUUCUACUGAAAUUUUUCAAAUGCUUCGCUGGGGUUAUUUGUACUAUGUGCAUUCUUAGUAGCUGCCUUUUUGCCAGACCGUUUUGUAUGUUGUAUGGAUAUUGAGUAACAUACCUUUUUACCAAUGUCUUUGCGUUGACAACGUCUUAUACUGAAAUUUUUCAAAUGUUUCGCUGGGGUUAUUUGUACUAUGUGCAAACACAAUAAAGAAGCCCAGACUGUGCUUAGAAUACAGAACACCAAGCACGGUGCUCCUCUUCCGGCGGCCGAUUUUGUGGCUGACACGACUGAUGCAUUGGAAUGUGAACAUAAAGUACAAACGUUAAAUAAAAGCUCAAACAUUU